AUGGUCUUGAUCUUCGGCUUCUUCACCUGCUCCUUGGGGACGGUGACGAUCAGAACGCCGUUCUCCAUGGACUCCCUCACCAAAUCCGCCUUGGCAUUCUCGGGGAGCCGGAACCGUCUCAGGAACCCGCCGCUGGUCCUCUCCACGCGGUGCCAUGUUUCGUUCUUCUCCUCCUCCUCCUCCUCCUCCUUGCUCCUCCGCCCGCUGAUCUGCAUAAUGCGGCCAUCCUCCACCUGCACCUUCACCUCCUCCUUCUUCACCCCAGGGAGAUCCGCGGUGAAGACGUGAGCCUCAGGAGUCUCCUUCCAGUCCACGCGGGCCCUGGCAAAGGUAUCGGAGUCCCAUCCAUGGAGUGGCCAGGAGAGUGAACUAUUGUCGAAGGGGAAUACCUGGAAAGGAUCCCAGAUGUCCAGAGAAAAUGGACGCUGCUGCUGCGGUCGCCGAAGAAGGCCGGGAUCAGCGACAUCUACUCGCGGGAAUCGUAAGAAGACGGUGGAAAGUCGCGACGAUUCGCUAGCGCCUGACGUCUCGAAUGAUCCAGCUAAUGUGGCUUGCAGGUAAUCACUCAGAGAUGGGAGGAGGAGAUACCUUUUGUAGAGACAGUUAGACCGCUCCUAUGAAAUGGCGGGAAUAUUGUAGAGCACCAACGUCUUCGAUCCGUUCUCUCUGGAUGUUUGGGAUCCUCUCCAGGGAUUCCCCUUCGGCAACGGCAACAGUAGCAGCGACAGCAACUCCCUCUCCGUCCGCCGCGUGUGGGACCCCGAGACCUCCGUCUUCGCCGGCACCCACGUCGACUGGAAGGAGACUCCGGAUGCACACAUCUUCACCGCCGACCUCCCGGGGGUUAAGAGGGAGGAGGUGAAGGUGGAGGUGGAGGAAGGUCGCAUCCUUCGGAUCAGCGGCCAGAGGAGCAAGGAGAAGGAGGACAAGAACGAAACGUGGCACCGCGUGGAGAGGAGCAGCGGGGGGUUCCUGAGACGGUUCCGGCUCCCGGAGAAUGCCAAGGCGGAUCUGGUGCUGGCGUCCAUGGAGAACGGGGUGCUGACCGUGACCAUCCGCAAGGUGGAAGGGAAGAAGCCGGAAGUCGUCAAGGCAAUCGAGAUCUCAGGCUGA